GAAUUGCAUGUUAUUGAAGUCUGUGGAGAACCGGGAACGUGUACACAACACAAACGCCGCGGACACGCGACGCCAUUCCAACGAAUCAUAAACAUGGGAACCUUAUCAAUUCCUCUUGAUAAUUGCCUAUGAACGUACAGACACGCGUAACUAAAAGGAGACUAAGCGGAAAAUUAUUAGAAAAAUCAUCAUGUUGAUUUGUUAUGUGUAGUGUUGUCGCAAUAUUAAAAUAUUUCCACUUGGUGUGUAAAGAGAUUUUGUUUAUGUGCCGUUGUGUGUACUCGUAAGCGUGCGGUGUAUAAACACAUAUAUAUGUUGUACAUGCGUGUAGUCCCUCUUUGGCUCUCUGUUUGUGUCUGUCAGUAUUCUGCUUAAAAGUUAACGCUAAAAAUCAAUACAAAAGCAGCUAUAAUCAUAUCUGCAUUCUCUGCAAAUAUAUUUUGUUAUUUUAUCAUUAAAACUUAAUUCAAUCAGCGCCUUAACUAGGGCGAAAAUGUGCAGUAAAUCAAAUGGUGUAUUUUUACAGGUGUUGAAUUCCAGGGCUAAGCUCAUGCCUUCGUCGCCCAAAUAGUAACCCAUUAAAUCACACACCAGCACACCAAAAGAAAUUACUGUUACUUUAAUGAGUAAUAUGUAUUGCAUGGCUUGAGCCUGUCAAUUAUUGUUAUAAGUUAGAUUAGAUAGAAAUGAUUAAAUUAUGUGUUACUCGUUUAAUGGGCGAGUGGUUGAAAACAGAAGGCUGAGUGUCACAACAACGACAGCAAGGGUUAGUUGGCCCUUGUGCGCAAAACUCUUUCAACAGCACCGCAAACGAUGUUAUCGAAUAGUCUCCAACAUUUAGGUAUUAGUCAACACUAGAUAAAUAGAAAAUAGGUUGCAAAUUUCCCUUUGAAGUUGAGAGAAUUGUUUUCCUCAAGUCUAUGGAAACCCGGGAACUCGUGAACAACAUUAAGGCCUCAUACGCGCGCGUGUGAAAAUCAAACAUACAUAUAUAUAUACACAUGAACCCUAACCAACCAAACACAUGGAGGCUUAUCAACUGUCUGCGAAAGUAAACAUCAAAACAACAUAGACGCGUUUUUUACUGAGAGAGCGACUCUGCAGUUACGGCCGCUGUGUUUCAUAAAUAGCAAAAGCCUUAUUAUUCUGUUAAUUUGUGUGGCACUGUUCAAGUGUUUAACAAUAUUAAUAUAGCUUUAACGAUGUUAAGAAAACAUCUUCCAUAAUUCGGCUCAUUGCGUGAGUGUGCUCUGCUGUGUAUAAAUACCUGUAUGUGUGUAUGCCCCGCGUGCGGUCCUCUGUUUGUCUCAGCAUCCUGCGAACAAGCUUACGGUUAAAAGCAAUGCGAAAGCAGUUAAAUUGAAAAGCAAAAAUCUUGUACUGUCAACAAUCUCUGAAUUUUUAAUUUUAUCAUCAAAUGGAUUGCCGACAGUGCUGAAAGUGAGCCAUCCUACAUAACCAAAAAAGAAACAUUGUAGCUCACAAGCAUUUUAUGGCAGGCUCCAUCUAGAGCAUUCGUCACCCAAAUGAUAUAGCCCGUUAAAACGCACACCAGCACAACACAACGAACUACUUUCAAGCGCCUUAUACAGCGAUUAUCCCCGAGUAUAUGCGUGUGCAGUGAAAAUUCCGAUUGACAAUUCAGGUGAAUUUCCUCGUAUAUCAUCAGCAACAACAAAUCUAAAACAAUAAAUAGAAACCAACAACAACAAAAAAGAAAGCUCACUGGCAACGCAUCAAAAUGACUACAGAUUUUUUAUUUCCUAAAAUUGCGGAUUGCUCCUAUGUGUCCUGUUACUGCGAGGAGAACGUUUGGAAGUUAUGUGAGCAGGUUAAACGCACGCGCCCUGAGGAGUUGAGCAAAUGCUAUGCAGUAUUUGUGUCGAAUGAGGGGCGAACUGUACCGCUCUGGCGCCAAAAAGCCGGACGUGGCGAUGAUCAAGUUGUGAUAUGGGACUAUCAUGUCUUCUUUAUGCACAAUCCCUUGCCCAACCGCUGUUUGGUAUUCGAUUUGGAUACCACACUACCAUUUCCCACAUAUUUUCAUAAAUACGUUACAGAGACUUUCCGGUCCGAUCUCGCACUGCGACCGGAGCAUCACAGAUUUUUCAGAGUCAUUCCCGCAGAUACAUAUCUAAUUGAGUUCUCAUCGGAUCGUCGACACAUGCGUCGACCAGAUGGUAGCUGGAUUAAGCCGCCACCCUCAUAUCCACCCAUUCUUUCGAACACUAACUUGCAUUGUUUGGGUGACUUCAUAUGUAUGAGCGCUGGUAAAGGACCAGGUGCCGUUUACAGCCUCUCUGAGUUUGUGCAAAACUUUUAUAAAUCGCCGCAUGUUGGCGUGCAGCAGAACAAGUAAAUUAUCAAUAACCACGUAUACAUAUACUGACAUCAGCCUAAAAAAAAGCAUAACUAUGUUAGAAAGUUUGUGUUAAUGUCAAACUCGAUGUCACAAACGAUAUGCAUUCAAUCACAAAACAGUUAAUUAUAAAUUGCAUACAUAUUAUAUAUACUUAUA